UCCCGGACUGCGAUUAAACCGGGGUUUCUGAGGGUGUAGUUUAACACCGCGGAAAGGGGCCGAGGCUGGAGUCAGAGAGCGAGCUAUGAAAAGAUUUCAGAGUCGCGAGUUAGCAUGGUGAAGCUAGCUAAGCUAAGCUAACUAGAGCUAAAGUGCUAACUACAGUCAGCCGGCUGUACUGAGCCAGUGUUAACUAACGCUAGCUAACGCUAUUUAGCUUAGCGAGUUAAUUAUUUCACUAACUGUAGAAACUAACCUGUAGCUCUGUAUCUGUGCGCUGUGAGAGUAGUCUGCAUAUGUUCUUUGUUAGUAAGCGGGGGAAUAAUAAGGAGUUUGUUGUCUGGUUAGCCAGCGGUAAGAUGGAGGGUGAGGUGAGCCUGGUGGCAGGUCGCAGUCAGAGGGAGAAAAGGAGAUCUUAUAAAGACCUCCUUCGAGAACAAGAAAUCAUUGAUGCAGAAGUUCGGAAGUCUGCAAAGAAACGUCUAAAGGAUGCAGAGGGGCACUUAGCAAGCACCGACUCUCACAAGAAGAAAAAGAAGAAACAUGAUGAAGAGGAUCAUCACGGCAAAGAUCACGGUUCUGGGUCGCACCACAAAAAGAAGAAGAAACCAUCGGAGAGCCAUGGUGCCUCCAUGUCCUCCUCCAACUCCUCACACACUGCAAUGACUGCCAUGGGCCUUCUCCAAGCCAUCACCUCUCCCACAGCUGUGGGCUCCGAGCCCAGCCCCUCUUUCCCCAAGAAGCCCUUGUACCCCUCUCAACACCACUUGGCAAAGGAAAAAAAGAGAGACAGCCUGGGGAUCUCCAAGCCCACCAAGAAAACCCCACCACCACAUCAGCAACAGCAGAGGCAACCGCAGCAGCCGCAGCGGCAACCUCCACAGCAGCAACGGCAACUGCAGCCGCAGCGGCAACCUUCACAGCAGCAACGACAACUGCAGCCGCAGCGGCAACCUCCGCAACGGCAAUCUCCGCAGCAGCAACGGCAACCACAGCAGCAGCAGCACAUUGUGCGUGAGGCGCUGCCUGUGGUUGGAGAAGAAGUGGAGCUGGAAGGUCAUUAUGGGGGAUCCUAUGAGUUUAUGGACGAUGACAGCUCUUCUUCAGCAGAUGACACAGAUAAUGGACAGCUGGUCAUCGACGACUCAUUAGCUUCACAUAACAAGAAGAGCAAAAAGAGUAAGAAAAGCAAGAAGAAGAAGGACAAAGAUAGGGAGCGGAGACAUAGCAGCAAAGGAACAAAGAAAAGUACCAGCAACGGCAGUUCAGAGGGUGCAUUACACCCUGCAGCACGACCAGGAUCUCACAGUGACAAGAAGAGGAAGAAAGAAGAGAAGGCCAGAUUAAAGGCUGAGAAGUCCAAGAAGAAGGUUCUCACUGCAUAUCAGAUCUUCUAUAAGGAGUACAGAUUGAGCAUCCUAGAGGAGCAGCCGGGUCUCGAGUUUGGUGAUUUGAGUAAGAAGUUGGCAGAUGCCUGGAACCAGCUCCCCGAGGGAGACAAACAGGUAUGGAGGGAACGUGCGGAAUACCUUCAGCACAAGCGAAUGAAAUCUGAGUCCAGUGCAAACAAACACAGCAAACACAGCCAGCCUAAACCUGCCAAAGACACCAGCAAAAAUAAAGGUGUUUCAUCUUUCCCAGGUGUGGCUUCCCCUACAACAGGAGCAGCUUCAAGUGUGCCAAAAAGGGUGGAACCACAGGUUUCUCCGGCACAGAAUGGCACAGGUCUGGUCCCUAUAACCGAAGUCCCGCCCUCCCCGCUCAGAGACCCAGAUGUGGACCCCAUUGAUGCUGCAGCCCAUUUACAGCUGCUGGGGGAAUCACUUUCUCUGAUUGGCCGAAGGCUGCAGGAGACAGAGGGUAUGGUGACUGUAUCAGGCUCACUCUCCGUGCUUUUGGACUCAGUGCUUUGUGCUCUUGGUCCUCUGGCAUGUCUUACUGCUCAGGUGCCAGAACUCAACGGCUGCCCUCCUCAUGUACUGUCAAACACUCUGGACAAUAUAGCAUAUGUCAUGCCUGGACUCUGAUUGCCACUGGACCGACUCUCACUCACUGAUACACUUACACAAACUCUCUCACUCUCUCUCUCUCUCUCUCUCUUUCUCUUUCUCUCUGUCUCUCUCUAUCUCUGUCUCUUUCUAGCUCUUUUUUUGUGUCUCUUUCUCUGUCUCUAAUCGUCACUCUGUGGAUAAGGACCUUAGCUGGUAGCUCCUCACCCUUGGGUCACUGUGGGCCUAAACAUUACUCCUGUUUUCCAACAAGGAAAAGAACUUGAAAUGCACAUUUUUGCACUGGACAAACCACAGGAACAAGUCUACUUUUAACCUGCUUCUUAAUCUGUUGUUCCAUUUUUAUCCUCUCUACUAUUGGGUUUGUUAUUUUUUUGUUGGUGUGUGUUUUGUUGUUCUUUCAAUUAAAAGUAUUUUAGUGAUCCUUUUA